AUGAAUCUUGGCCUUCUCACCGUCAACGUUGCAUACUCGCUCGAAAGAUUUCAGGUGCUCAAGACUCUCGACGCCAAGGCGCGUCAUGCCGCGGUCGUUUCGGACCUCAAUGCCCUCGGACGGCUACCCAACCCCAAGGUUAAGUCCCUUCGUCUCUUCGAAGACAGGCACGGAGAUGGAGGACAAGUGGUCUUCUACUGGCCUUUCUCGGAAGACCUGGCUCGUAACGUGUGCCCCAAAAUUGUUGCAACAAGGAAGGAGGACCUGCAGAGCCGCUCGAUGCCUCUAAAGCGUCCCCGGAUCCUUCGCCCGCCCACCGUUGACCCGCGCUGGCCCUUCGCUGUGGUCAUGGCGGGUUUGGAAGUGACCGGCAUGGUGGUGACGGGCGGCGACUUCCCGUCGAAGGAGAUCAUAGAAUCAGACGACGAAGAUUGA